AAAGUUGACAAGAGACCAAAAGCAUGACAUUUUGGAGAAGCUUGGCUCAACUAUGUAUGAUUUUAAGGCAUACCCAGAUGACAAACAGAUAGGAAAAGUAGCAGAGGCCCUUGUCACAAAGCAUCCUUGUUUGAAAGAGCCCGGCUCUGACACUGGUUGGAAUGGGUGGAAAAUCAGUUUGAAGUUCAAAAUGGGCAACUUGAGGAACAAAAUGAGGAAAAUUGGAUGUCUUGAGGUAGCUGUUAAUGCUGGGAAAAGAAGUCAAAGCUGUCCUGAGAAUGAACCAUCACAUUCCAAAAUCAAGAAACCAAGACGUUCUGAGGUUAAUUAUUUGCCAAACUUUCCUCAAGGUGAGGAUGAGGCAUCUCUUGAAACAGUCAGACAGGAAAUUGCUGUUGAAGUCCAGAAGACAGAAAAAAAUACUAGUUUGAUCCACAAGAACAUGGAGAAAACGUUUGCUCUGCGACGACAGAACAUUGUUAGAGGAAGCCCAUCUGUGAAUGAGUUUCUGAAUCUCUGGCCUGCACUGCGUGUAACAUCUGAGCUGUUUGCAGAGUACCAACGUGUUACAAAUGAGAAUUUGCCCAACAAAUUCUAUGCACAACUGGACUGCCUCCUACCUCGUUUGAUGACAAUUUUAAGACAAAAAGCAUCCAAGACGGGCAAGACAGCAGAUACCCUAGCUAAUCUUUUGAAAGUUCACGAUGAGCAGGAACUGCAUGAUGUAAAUUCACGACGGACUACCGUUAUCAGAGGUCUUCCAGUUUUGCUGCGUGAUAAAGAUUUGGGAUUUUUUAGGACCACCCUGAUUGAUAAUCCUGAGAUACUAACUGAGGAUGCUCCAGUGGCCCUGCUUACAGUUGUGCAUGAAAAUGCUGCUGCUCCAAUCCAUUACGAUCCAGUGAGGGUCUCAGUUGUCCUGGAGAAUGAAGUGGUCACCACCCAUAGCCAACUUCCAGAGGCCUUUCUUGUCUUGUUUGGAUUCAUGUAUGCUCUUCACUUAAAAUAUCCUAAAGGACUUGCCAAAACUUUUGAAUUCGUGCAAAAAGUUUUACUCGGCAUGGAUGACGGAAAACUGUCUCCUAGUGUGCAAACACUGAAGAAUGAGUUGAUGUAGAGCAAUUUAUUUAUUUUUUUAUUUUAUUUU